GUUGGUGAUGAUGUCACUGUGCUUGAUGCCACUGGAAAGUAUGUCAUGCCAGGAGGCAUUGAUCCUCAUACCCACCUAGACAUGGAGUUCAUGGGUUCAGGAACCAUUGAUGAUUUCUUCAGUGGUCAGGCUGCAGCGUUAGCUGGUGGAACAACAAUGCACAUCGACUUUGUUAUACCAGUUAAUGGAAGUUUAUUGUCAGGAUUAGAAGCUUAUGAAAAAAAGUCUAAGAAGUCCUGCAUGGAUUAUGGUUUCCAUAUGGCAAUUACAAAAUGGGAUGAAGUUGUUUCAAAAGAAAUGGAAAUAAUGGUCAAUGAGAAAGGUAUAAACUCUUUCAAGUUUUUCAUGGCAUACAAGGGGUCUUUGAUGAUCAAUGAUGAGCUUCUGCUACAAGGAUUCAAAAAGUGCAAGUCUCUUGGUGCGUUAGCUAUGGUUCAUGCAGAAAAUGGAGAUGCUGCAUAUGAAGGACAGAGAAGAAUGAUAGAACUUGGUAUUACUGGUCCAGAGGGACAUGCUCUUUCAAGGCCCCCAGCGCUGGAAGGAGAAGCAACUGCUCGAGCAAUUAAACUCGCAGGUUUUGUGAACACUCCCCUCUAUGUAGUUCACGUGAUGAGCAUUGAUGCUAUGGAAGAAAUUUCUAAAGCUCGCAAAUCAGGGCAGAAGGUUAUUGGAGAACCAGUAGUUUCUGGGUUAGUGCUGAAUGAUUCUUGGCUUUGGGAUCCUGACUUUAUCACUGCUGCUAAGUAUGUCAUGAGUCCCCCGAUAAGGGCCGCAGGACAUGGCAAAGCCCUUCAAGCUGCUCUUUCAAUGGGAACUCUGCAGCUUGUAGGAACCGAUCAUUGUACCUUCAACUCAACACAGAAAGCUCUUGGAAUUGAUGAUUUCCUGAAAAUUCCAAAUGGUGUCAAUGGUAUUGAGGAGAGGAUGCAUCUUGUAUGGGAUACAAUGGUGGAAUCUGGUCAAAUUUCUGUUACUGACUAUGUCCGGGUGACAAGUACUGAAUGUGCUAGGAUUUUCAAUAUAUAUCCGAGGAAGGGAGCAAUUCGUGCUGGUUCUGAUGCAGAUAUAAUUAUACUCAAUCCGAACUCAAGCUUUGACAUAAGUGCAAAGUCCCACCACUCUAGAUCUGAUACCAAUGUCUACGAGGGAUGGAGAGGGAAGGGAAAGGUUGAAGUGACCAUUUCUGGUGGAAGGGUCGUUUGGUUAAAUGAUGAGUUGAAGGUUUUUCCUGGUUCUGGCAAGUACGUAGAAAUGCGACCUUUCAGUUAUCUUUUCAAUGGAAUUGGCAAGGCAGAUGAAAGGUAUCUAUCUUCUCUUAAAGCCCCUGUAAAGCGUUUUAGAGCCACCACUUAAAAAGCUCAGGUACUUUCCUUUUCGACUAUUAUUAUUUAAACUUGAGGUGUAAAUGGACAUGAUGCUCCUGUAUAUAUGGCAAUGGUUUGAAUAAUAAGAUCAAGUUUUUUUUUUUUUUUUUUUGGUACCAUGUAUGUGAAUUCACUUUAAAGUCAAUAAAUAAUAUUCUCGUUGCAGUUUGCGGUUGGCAAUUUA